AAGUUCCGUGACCGCAGAUGAAAUUUAUCCGCAAUCAGUAGAAAACCGGUUUAUGAGCAAAACCGUUAUCCUCUCCCGCUUGGCUCCUUUCAUCACCAGCAGAUAAACCCGAAACGUUUUUGUACUUUUUCGCCUCUUUGUACUUGUAUUUCUCUUCUUUCCCAUUUUUCACGGCUCCAGAUUUCAGCAUUUUGUCAAUUUCAUUUUCUUUUCAGGGCUAGAAAUAUGCACAGACAAUAUUUUGUGGAUGAGAGAUUUUAAUAAUGCAUUUGUGGGCAGAUUAUGAUGAUUAAUUCCAUUGUUUCUUUUGCAUCUUGGGUGAAUUUUGUUAAGCAAGAUUGUGAUUUUUUUGCUUCAUGAGGCUGAAAAAUGUGGAAUUUCAUACAUGUUAUUGAUGAGCACUUCAAUGGUCUUUUGUCAAAAUUUAGUCUUUUCCAAGAGGGGUAGUAGUUCACAAAAUUCAUUUUAUUCUCAUAGUUCACCGAGUUCUGUGCUUCAAUUUGGUCGUGGGAGGAGAAAAUCUUGUGGGCUGAUUCCAAAUGCCAAGAGAAGGCAUUCAAAGAGGAUAAGUUGGUGGCAGAGAUUCUUUCUUGAGGAUGAUGGGAACUGGCUUGGUUUGAAGGACGAUGAUAUGCUUGAUGGUGUAGAGUCAGAGGAGGGCUCGAGUGAUGAUGAAUUAUCUGAGAACGAAAAGUUUGAGGCAUGGAAAAGGCGAGCUGAGGCUAUUGUAGAGUUAAGGGAAGCACAAGAGGAUGCAAAGAAUGAGGAGAAUAGGAGGUGGGAGGACUGGCUUGUGGAAGGAACCACUGAUGAUGCUGAGAAUGGUGCAUCAUGGGUUCAAGACUCGAAUGGCGCAGUUAGAAAACCUUUAGAUGAUGUAGGAGAAGAUUUUAGUGAGCUAAUUUCUGAAAGAGGAUUGAUUAAGUCAGUAAGGGAUUUGGUUCUAGGCAGAGAAGAUGAUGACAUUCUGUAUGAAGAUCGUGUCUUUCGUUAUGCUUCAUUCAAUUCGGCUAAAUUUUUGACAAUCCUGGUUAUCGUUCCAUUGGCUUUGGAUUUUCUGGUUCACGAUUAUGUUCUUAUGCCGUUUCUGGACAGGUAUGUCAAGACUGUUCCCCUUGCAGCACAGAUGCUUGAUGUAAGAAAAAAUCAAAAGCUUGAAAUGGUCAAGGCUAUAAAACUUGAGCAAGCACGCUAUAGGCUGGAAGUAGAGAUUGGUAAAUCUCCACCUCUUGCUGACGAGGAGCUUUACUUGCAGUUAAGACAAAAAGCGAUAGAGCUACGAGAUGAAUGGAGAUUAGAAAACCGCAAAGCAUUUGCCAAUAUCUGGUCAGAUAUGGUGUUUGGGGUUUCAUUGUUCAUUCUUUUGUACUUCAACCAGAGUAAAGUGGCUUUGCUGAAAUUCACAGGGUAUAAGAUAUUGAGUAACAUUUCAGACACGGGGAAGGCAUUUCUCAUAAUACUUAUGACUGAUAUUUUUUUAGGGUACCAUUCUGAAUCUGGUUGGCAGACUUUGUUAGAGGUUUUAGUUGAGCAUUAUGGGCUUCAGGUGGAUCAGGCGGCUAUAACAAUAUUUAUCUGCCUAGUUCCAGUUAUCAUUGAUGCUUGUGUGAAGCUUUGGUUAUUUAAGUUUCUGCCAAGAUUAUCACCGAGGGUGGCAAAUAUUUUCCAGGAAAUGAAGAGACACUAGAAGUGAAUUUUUAGGUCAGGAUUUUGCAGAGCCAUAUGAGGUCAGGAUUUUGCAGAGCCAUAGAAAACCAAACUCCUUUCACAGGGGCUAGUAGAUGAGACAAUCAAGACAGACCCCACCUCCACCGCCAUCCUUUUAUCACAUAUGAUUAAUUGUGAUUUGAAAUAUCAACUUUUCAAAGUAAUGACUCUGGACAAAACACUUGAAAGUUUUUAGGCCCCACACUCUUAACCACCUCCACCCUAGUUUCACCCCAGUCAUCAUUUGUAUAUUUUUAUUAAAACUUUUUUUUUUUUUUGUAAAUUAUAAGUUGUGAGUUCCACUGAAAUGUGUGGAUAAAAAUAUGUAUAAAAGUUGUGGGUUCGACGGAAUACAUGGAUAAAAAUGAUGUUUGAUUAGAUUAUAAA